UUCUCUAAAAACUAUUCUCUUGAAGCCCCUUUCAACGGUCAAGAUUCCACAUUAUAAACCACUCGCUACACUCACGGUUCAAUAUUGGAAUCUUUCGCUUGCUCAGGCACUUAUCUCGAACCGCGAGCGUAGCGUGUCGUUCGAGAAGUGGAAUCUUGAGCGUUGCGAGGGUGUCAAGGCAUGAAGGUUUAAAAUUAAUUUGCCACCGAGUAAAACACAAAAAAAAUACCACACCAACAUAGAAGAAAAUAUUAACUGUAAAACAUUGAACUAAAUAAAAUCCGUCAAUGUAUUAAACAUUUAUGAUUCGAAAUCAUCAUUAACGGACAAGUUUACUGCUAACUGAGGACCAAAGAGUAGUAUAAUAUUGAGAAGUACAUCAAAGCAAAUACAACAAAUCCAACAAUAUGCUCGGCAGAAAACCUUGAAUCCAGAUCUUAAAAAAUCAUUCUUCACUGUCAAACGUCAAAGUUGUCAAUUCAAUGUCAAUGUCAAAUAAGUUCGUCAAGCCGAGGUCCGAGCUUUUAUUUACUUUGGUUUAUUUACUUCUUCACGUCAUAUUUAUUUACCAACAUUUUAUUAUUUAUUUACUAAACAAAUUUUAUACUUACAAAAAAUAAUCAUGAACUGCUUCGAGAAUGUGACUAUGCCGAAUUUCGUAUGGUUCGAAGGAGGAGUUAGGCGUAAUAUUUUCGCGUCCAUGGCUGCAGGUUUUCUGUUCUUUACAGGAUGGUGGUUUAUAAUUGACUCAGCAUCAAAGUACCCAAAUGAACUACCAAGUGCAGCUUAUGCCUGUGGAGUGACGGCUACCUUAUCCUUGAUUAUGGUCAAUUCUGUUUCAAAUGCACAGGUGCGAGGAGAGACCUACACAGGUGGCUGCAUGGGCCCUCGUGGCGCCAAACUCUGGCUAUUCAUAGGCUUUGUUGUGGGCUUUGCGUCACUCAUCGCAGCCAGUUUAACACUGCUGGCCAAAUAUGUUAAAACAGAUGUGACAAAACACACCUGGGUCGGCGUCAGCUUGCUACUGCAGAACGCGUUCAUCUUCGCCGGCUCGCUGGCGCUGAAGUUCGGCCGCGCUGAGGACUUAUGGGGCUAGACUUACCAAGUAAUCUCAUAUUUCUAUAUCUAUCAUGACCAUUAACAAAUAUGUGAGCCUUGAGGUUUUGAACACCGAAAGAUGCGGUCCAUAAAAUAGUAUAGAAUGACUUAUAAUUUUUAAGUAAAAAUGAAAACACAACUACAAGUUAUAAGUAAAGUAAAACUAGAAUUUCCAUCAAUUAAUCAGUACUCCCGUGUCAUACUUGAGAUUUGACCGUGACAGAUAAGAGAAAUAUACCGAUAAUUUGCUAUAAUCGGGUUGUAAAGUGUUAAGUGUUUAAUGAAUUUAGUCAGCAAUGGAUGUGUCUCGUCGAACCUAAGUAAAGUAAGUACAAAAAUCUCGAUAUAC